AUGUUAAUUAGUUUAAUAAUAAGUAUAUGUAUAUACGCACUGAUAACAUAUUAUGGAAAAGAAAAAGGUCUAGUAAUUUUGGUAAGUUAUAAUAUAAUACGGUAUUUAUUCAAUGUAACAGUUGACGCGAUUAAUACUGUAAAUUAUGAAUCUACUAUAAUAGGCAUGAUAGUUACAUACGGCUUAUAUGUAUAUCGUAACUAUUUUCAUAAAAUUAGAAAAGCAGUCUAUUAUUUAUACACUCUUCCGCGUGGUGUUCUUAAUUUCUUUAUUCCUUUACUUCCAGAAGUCUUAGUUAAUAUUUUAUGGUUGAAAGAAUAUACUUUAGCAACACUACUAGGAUUUAUUUUUAACUUCAUUUAUAACGUAACAACGGAUCUUAUCUCACUUUAUUGUAAAUAA